GACUUGUAAUAUCUGCCAUAAUCACAAGGCAGUUAGUAUUCUCCUCUGAAUCCAAAGAUUAAAAAUUACACUACUGGUAAGAAGUGUCAUGCCACCCUAUCAACUGGAUGGAUGCAUCUUUUCUGACAUGGCCACAAGCUGACUUCUGAAUCCUUAAUUACUCAUCUCAUUUUUUUUCGAUAAAGAAUUACUCAUCUCAUGUGCACGUUCCUUUGCUUCUUUGUAGUAUAAACUUAAACUGUAUACUUAAAUCACACUUGGUUUGCUUAAUCCCGUGGCAGAGGCAGACCGUAGAGUACACAAAAAUUGACUUAAGAUCCCCACUGUGUUUGUCGUCACUGAGAAACUGAUGACCAAGGAGUGAACACCAAGGCUGCUGCUAGAACUAGAACUAGAACUAGAACUAGAACUAGAACUAGAACUUGAACCCGCUCGCUGCUUUGUCGAGCCAAGUUCUCUUCUUUUCUUUUGAUGCCCUCGCGCCUCCCCCGGUAUGAAGCGACACAACUCUGCCGCGCUCCCGCCGUCCACGGGCGGCGAGAUGCAUCUGGAGACGGCGGGCAAGGCGGGCAAGGCAUACAAGCGGCCUGGCCGCUGCUCCCGCUUCUGCUCCGUCCUCAUCAUCGCCGCCGCCUUCUGGAUGCUGGCACGCCACUGCUACGACUACGCACAUGGCGGCGUCGCGAGCGUCGAGCACGGCCGUGCGUCCUCGCCACGCCGCGGCAUGUCGCCCUUCUCCGACCCUGCCGUCCCGCCUCAGUCUGAUGCCGGCGACCGGAAGAUUUCCUCCGACAAGGAAGCGCGCGAGCUCGCUGCGGCGGAGGAGAGGCGAAUGCGAGGCCUGUGCACCGGCCAGUACAUCUACGUCCAGGAGCUGCCUUCCCGCUUCAACACGGACAUGGUCUGGGACUGUGAGGACCUCUUCGCCUCCAAGGACAAGUGCAAGUACACGGCCAACGGCGGCUUCGGCCCGCGGCUCAGCGGCGGCGGCGACGUGCUGCAGGAGACCGGGUGGUACGACUCCGACGAGCACAGCCUGGACGUCAUCUUCCACGACCGGAUCAAGCGGUACGAGUGCCUCACCAACGACUCCUCCCUGGCCUCCGCCGUCUUCGUCCCGUUCUACGCCGGCCUCGACGUGGCGCGUCACCUCUGGGGGCACAACGUCUCCACGCGGGACGCGAUGGCGCUGGAGAUGGUGGAUCUGGUCACCUCGCGCCCCGAGUGGCGCGCCAUGGGCGGUCGAGACCAUUUCUUCGUCGCCGGCCGCACCACAUGGGACUUCCGGCGGCAAGACGACGUCGACACUGAGUGGGGAAGCAAGCUUUUCCGUCUGCCGGCCGUCCGGAACAUGACCGCGCUCGUCGUGGAAGCCAGCCCGUGGGACCGGAACGACGCCGCCAUCCCGUACCCGACCGCAUUCCACCCGGCGACCGACAAGGCCAUCUUCUUCUGGCAGGACCGGGUGCGCGGGCUGGAGCGCCAGUGGCUCUUCUCUUUCGCCGGCGCCCACGCCGAGGACAGCAAGCAGUCCAUCGCAAGCAACCUCGUCGAGCAGUGCAGGGCGUCCGCCGCCUGCUCGCUGAUGGAGUGCAGCAAGAAGGGGCCGAGCAACCAGUGCGAUUCCCCGGCCAGCGUCAUGAAACUCUUCCAGAGCUCGACGUUCUGCCUCCAGCCGCGGGGCGACAGGUACACCCGCAGGCUGGCCUUCGACGCCGUGCUCGCCGGUUGCAUCCCGGUCUUCUUCCACCCCGGCACGGCGUACGUGCAGUACACCUGGCACCUGCCCAAGAACCACACCGAUUACUCGGUGUACAUCUCGGAGGAGGACGUGCGCAGGAACGUGAGCGUGGAGGACACGCUGCGGCGGAUACCGCCGGACGCCGUCGAGAGGAUGAGGGCCGCGGUCGUGAGCCUCAUCCCGGCGGUGACCUACAGCGACACGUCAACGAAGCUUGAGUCGACGGUGAAUGACGCGUUCGACGUGGCGCUGUGGGCCGUCAUUCGGAAGGUGGCCAAGACGAGGAAACGCAUCGUGGAGGGCCGCCCGGAGGAUGAGAGGCAAGAGAUGUAUAGUUGGAAGUACCCAUUGUUGGGACAAGGACAGAAGGCUGAGGAUCCCCAUGAAUGGGAUCCGUUGUUUGCCUUCAAUUAGCUUAGCUCGUUGUUGGAUUAUGUGGUUUCAACUACUCCAUCCCUUCCAUAAUUUUUGUCCUAGUUUACUUCAAAUUUCGAACUAAAACAAUGACAUGAAUUGUACUGUAGAACGUAGCGAUUACUUUUUUAUGAAACUUAGCUCACGGGCAAUCAUUGAUUUUCGUUUAAA